ACUACACCACGUGACACCCCAGUUGGCACUCGUCUCUGGUGGAACAUCGGAAUUAGAAUUAGAACUAAAAUGAACGUGAAAUUUCUAAAUGAGUGUUGGUUAUUUUACGUGAUAUGUUAGUUGAAAAUAGUGUUCAUAAGUGAACAUCUAUAGCAGAAGUGACAGUCACAAGAGCAACAAGAUUCAUUGAGAGUUGCAGGAAUAUCAAGUUUUACUGGAUUUUGAGGAAGAGCGUGAGCGGCAUUUUCCUCUCGUAUAGAGCACAGGUGGAGGCGGGUGUGAGAGCCGGAGAUGGGGAGGAGCACCGUAGCCGCCCAGCUGAGAUCUUCCUCCUGGCGACACUAUCUCUUCUACCUCCGCCACUGGCCAUGGGUGGUGGGGGCGGUGUUGCUGGCCGUGGCGCCCUUCGUCCUGCUGGCCGCCCUCAAGACCACCGUGCCCCUCAAACACCAGCAUGUCUGUCACUUCCGGUCACGCUUGCUGUGGUCGGGGUCACCGCUGGCAACCUUGCAGUCGUUCGUGUGUAACCUGCACAACACCUGCCACCAGGAGGGAGAAGACGACCUCGUCGACCACUAUCCUGGCGCCCCGAUCAACGCCUUUCUUAACUCGUCUGUGUGGUGGGGCGGUGAUGGAGGCGGGGUGGCGGAGCUGCUGACCAACCUGCCCACCAGCCUCGACCGUCUGGCCCAGGUGGCUCAACUCCUCACCAACCCCACUCUCGUCAACCUCAUGGAGAGUGGGCUACAGGUGAGGGACGUGUUGAGGUCCCCGGCUGAGCUGAGUGUGGAGCUGACCACCGUCCACCACCUGCAGCCACAGCUGGUCUCUGCCAUCCUCGGCGCCACCCUCAACGUCUCCAGGAUACUGUCCCUGGUGGGGUACCGCGACCUGAAGGGGGUGGUGUGCUCGCCGGAGCAGCUGAGUCAGUUCCUGGUGACGUGGGAGAGGUCGCAGGUGGACAACAUCUCCGCCACCUUGUGCCAGCUGCCGCUCGACCAGGCCGCCAACAUCACCCGCGUCUUCACAGACUCGCUGGAUCCUGGACCACUCUUAGCCAAGGUGUCGGAGGUCCUUGAGGCCAUCGGAGGCUACGAGGCAGAGCAGGUGGUGCGCCAGGUGGGCAGCCUCCUGGCCUCCCUGGGCCGCCUGGAGGCCCUAGCGCCCCUCGCCUCCACCCUCAACACCCUCUCCACCGCCCUCCGCCCUCUCACCGCCGCCAUCAACACACUCACCGCCUCCGCCUGGGAUCAUGACAGCUUGAGUAAACUGCUGAGCCUCGUGCAGAGCUUGAGCACCUCCUCCUCAAGCGCCUCCAGUAGCAACACCUCCGCCUCCAGUACCAACACCUCCAGCACCAACACCUCGGCCCUCCACGCCGUCCACUCGGCUAUGCUGCUCCUCUCCCCAUACAACCUCUCCCUGCUGGCUGCUGAGGAGGAGCCGGGCGACCAGUGGGCGGCAGUACUGCGGAUGGCCGGCUCCAGCGUCGGGGCGGUCGGGAAGGGUAUAGGGUGGGCGGCGGGGGAGGUGCAGCGCCACCCAGCCACCCACACCCUCCUCACCCUCGCCACCACCCUCCUCCCCACCCUCUUACAACCCACGACACUCACACCCCACAGGCUGGGGGAGGCGCUGGACGACACUAAGGCCCGCCUGCUGCCGGAGGUGUCACAACCCAUCACCAACAUGCUCACCAUCCUGCACCCCGCCGUCACCAUCACCACCACCGUCACGGAGGUCGCCCACAUCCUGGUGAGGCGGGUGUUGUCUGGGCCCCAGCUCCCUCCUGCCCUCGCUCUCAUGGUGCUCACUCACACCAAUCACUCCCUCAUACAGGCGGUAAUAAGAGGAGAGAGGCCGGAUGUGUGGGCGUGCGAGCGCGCCUCGUGGCCGGGCGUGAGCGGCGACGACUGGCUGCUGCUGGAGGCCAAGUUAUGUGGUGAGGCCGGUGUGAGGGACCUCCAGGGACUAGCAGCCCUCCACCAGUCACUGGUGACCCAGAUCCGAUCCCAAGAUGUAGUGAAUGCGUCUCAAGUCGUGAGGAGUAUUGUGAGGCUGUCAGAGGUGAUCCAAUCCUCCGCGGACCUCCUCAACCUCUUUCCACAAGAUGGCGCCCAUAAUUCCUCUGAGGGAUCCAGGGUGAGGAAGAAGAGAUCGAUCGUGGAAGGAGUUGAUGCUCUCUUGCCUCAGCUGCCGCCCGGGAACCACCAGGAGAUUCAGAAGCUUCAGCAGGAUCUUGAAUUCUUUAAGGAUGUCGUCAACAACCUGACGGUGGUGAUGGUGAAGAUGACGAGAGAGAUGGUGAGGGAGGACCAGGGGUGCGGCGACCACCUCCACCAGGCGCUCCUCAACACCACCACCACCACCAUACACUCCCUGGCAGGUGUGACGUCGACGGUGGUGGAGAUGUUGGUACGCCUGGCGACAGUUUUUCAGCAGCCCUGGAAGCUGAGUGACGUCAUACACAACACACACGUGAAGUCUCUCCUCUACUUACUGCCAGUCACUGUGUUGGAGGUGGCGGAGAACGUAUACGACCUGCUGGAGCAACCGCGAGUGAAGCUUCCUCCACCACUUCCUCAGUUGGUGGAGGUCCUUAAUGCCUCCUACAGUGUCCUCAGCAACAUCAACAGUGGUGGAGACCUGUGGUGGUGGUGCGCGGGUGGGUGUCCCAUCAUGGCGUCUCUGGUGCAACCGGCAGCGGCCCUCGUCCUCCCGCGGCUCCUGGCUCUACCCUACCUCAUGACCACGCGGCCCCUUGCCUGGCAUCAGACUGUGGCUGGACUGAUGAAGCAGACGUCCAGUGGCUCCUGGAGCCAGUACCCGUGUGGCAAUGUCACUCUGGUCGACCUCUUCCCUCCUGCCUCUGCUGUGGCCGACCUGCCGGCCUCCUGGUCCCAUCUGGAGGAGAUCAAGCACAAGGUGCUGGACCUGGAGUACUUGGCGUGUCACAACGCCACCGACAUCGUGGAGGAGCUGCUGGCCUCCAGCACCCAACUGUCCGGGAGCGUCAAGGCCCUGAUGGAGGACUUCACCCCUGGGCAUGUGGAGGUAGGCGCCGCCCUACAGCUGAUGAGGUCCUUCGGGCACCUGUUGGCCUCCUUCAACCUCAGCAGGAUUCUUGAUGGGAUCACCACCCCGCAGGGAACAUCCAUCCAGCAGGAGUUCCAAGAUGCUUUUGUCAUUACCGGUGAAGUGAAGCAGCAGUUGUAUGCCAGCAUGGUGUUGGAGGUUGUGGACGAGGUGUUGGAGUGGAUGGUGGGGUAUGAGGACGCCCGCCCACUUGCCCACACGCUACAGUACACCAUGUACCAUGCUCACGCCCUCGCCACCACCCUCUCCGCCCUCCUGCAAGACGGAGAGGUGACGCUGACCUCGGUGUGGGGCCUGCCGGAGGACUACCCGCUGCUGCAGGUGUUCCGUCAGGGUCCCGCUGGUACUGCGACCUUCAUCCUACACCAGGUCUCCUCCUUCGUUACCACCGCACUCCUGGAGCGUGAGGUGUUGUGGUCAUGGGCAGAGCGGGCAUGUAACCAGAGUGUGGGCGUGAGUGUGAUGGUGGAGGUGGUGUGUUACUAUGCUCAACACCCACAACAGCCCCCACAAUUUCAGUCCAACCUCACCACUGCUCUGGUCAGGGCUCUGACAGAAUAUCAAAAGCCAGAAAUUAAAGUACCACAAAUCAGAUUGGCAGAGCUCUAUGACCAAUGUAGAAUUCUGGUGGGCCAACUGCAGCAGUUUGACUUCAAUAAAUCCCUUAAUGUGAGUGAGCUUCAGCAGUUCUGGGAUGAAACUAUUAUUGAGAUGCGAGUACUACUCGCUGGCCUUGCUGAUCUGCAAAAACAGUGGCCAUGGUUGGUGGUGGAUGCUCUGGUUGAUCGUAGUCAAGACCUCCUGCAGGUGUUGACGAAAUCCUAUACUUUUUUGACCUGGCUCCAUGAAAGGCUGCUGCAAGUUAAUCCAGGUAACCUAACUGAAAGCAUACCGUCUUACAUCAUCAACUUUCAUUCUAUCAUCAAUUCAACUUGGAUUGACCUACUGGAUGGUCUAGACUACAAUCUUCUACUGAACUCAUCAUUCAUCAACCUUACUCUCCCAGAAUUCUGUUCAUCAGCUUCCAGCCUUGAGGAGCCACCUGCAAGCAAUGGCCAGUUCCAGAAGGCUGUGGGUGCAGUUUGUGAUCAACUCUCACAGUUCACUCCAGUAAACCUCAACAUGUGGCUCCAAUACGAACAGAUGAUAAAUGACUUGAAUAACAAGACAUUGACAUUUUCAUCUUUCAAGUUUAAGAGCUUAGUGAGUGGUGUUGUCAACCAGACUAACACCCUGAUCCAUGGUUUUCUUAAUGUGCAACCUGCGAAUUCAGUCUCUGCCUCUGACUUGUCUUCUGCAUCCUACUCGCUGACACUGCCUUCCUACUUACUUGAAGAAAACUGGAAUAUUUUGUUAAGAAGGAUUGGUAAAAGAUACCAAGACAGCAGCCUGAAAAGUGUGGAACCUGCCAUAAAGAUGGUCCUAGAGUGGCUGGGGGUUGAUCAGAACCAUCUUGACACAUUCUUGAAGUUCUCUGCAUUUCAAAUCUUUAACUUGAAGAGCUUUCAGGCACAUAACCUACAGGAGCUGCUGGUAGACUCUCCUGCAUUAUGGCAACUGGCAGAGACAGUAAUACAGUACCUGCCUGCUGCACUCAAGGAUGUUAUUACCACAGCAUCGGGAAGACCACACGUGGUUGCUGAACUGUUGUCAUCCCCCCAGAAGCUUGAUGACUGGAGCUCUAUGUGUGGCUUUGACUUUCAAGAAGUGGGAGAUGACUUCCACACAUUUGUGACCAGACUUUGUCAAGUGAUUCCUGAGGAACUCAUUCAGGAGAUACGAGUGCUUAUUAAACUUGACAUUCUGCAGAGCAGUGUAAAUAUUACCGUGGAGGAUAUCAUCAACUCUAGUAUUGCUGUAUCUGCACAACUAAUUCAACAGGUUGAAGAUGGUUCAUUUAUACAGAAGAUUUACAGGCCACUUGAAUACUUGGGUGCCCAGAAUUGGACUCUUCUGGCAAAUAUGAUAUUCAAUGUUACAGCAGAAGACAUGUUUGAUAACAGCACCAUGAUAUUUGCUACCUUACUGGAGCCCUUGGUGGAGCUGAGUCGAGAGUCAACCAAUAAUGGGGUAGUGAUCAAGGCAGCUCUCCAGAGCCUUGACAAGUAUCUUCGUUGGGGCAGGCUCCUCCUGGCACUGUCUCGUGGUGGAGAUAUUUGGAUGGGCAUAAAAGAGGCCUACGUUGACAAGCCAGUUGUGAGUCGUUUCCUUGAUAUAGUUGAAAAUCUGCCAGAGUUUGUGUGGGAAUACAUAAAUUUUUUUGGAAACUCUACAGUGGUGGCCAAUGACAUACUGCUUCAUCAGGACACUCCCUGUAACCUGCAUCUUUUCUUGCUUGACGGGCAUCGUGACCUUUUGGGAUAUAAUGCUUCCAGCAUCCUGACAGAGGUGUUGGAGUAUGUUUGUGAGGAGCAACAGAUGAGCCUUCUUAUGACCCAGCUUCUUCCUGACUCCUCACCAGUCAUUGCUAAUGUGACGAUGGAUGUGGAUGCAGCUAUGCUUGCCCUUCUCAUGGAUUACAUAGGGUGGGAUAUUGUUUACAUUAUUCAAGGAGACUAUUUUGAGGGUGACCUUCAAGUUCCACCUUGGAUGGAUGGCCAGAAAUGGGAGAAAGUGCUAUAUAAAUUUACAAACUUUUCUGUAUCAGUUAAGGAGAUGAUAGCUGCAUCUACAGGCUUUGGACUACUGGACACUGUGAGAAAGUAUCAAGGUGAUCUCAAUAUUACCCCUGGAGCAAGCUUGGUCUACAAUUUGGCUACACGUCUUACGAACAGCAUUGAUGGAUUGACGGGAAAUUUUAAUGCAUGUGUACUGGUGGAAGGGUUAGGUCCUGUGGAGGACCUGUGCCAUCUGGCCGCUCCAAGAAUACCCGACUUGGUGGCUCUUAUAUUGUGGUUUCCUGAAUCAGAGAUGUACUACAGUUUAGCAUCUGGAAUUUCUCCAUCUGUGGUCUAUAAAGAGAUGUGUAAAGCAGGAGUGAAUACAACUUUGCUUCACCCAGGCCUUAAUGAAGAGGAUUGGGGAGCUUUGCAAGAGAUGUUUUGCUCCUAUAAACUCCAGUAUGCAAAUGUGAUGCCACUUUUUAACACCUCACAAAUUAUGACGGGAUUAUCCAUAGACUGGAUGAAAGUCUUCUCAAGUCUCGAUAACCUUAUGGGAAGGUUAAACAUCAUGAGUGUUGAGCAGUUUGAGAAGCCCUUGGUUGACAACCCUUUCAUGACGGAGCUAAGAAACUUGACCACUGUGCAGAAAUUUGUGCGUGGGGUAUUUAUUGGAGUGUCAGCCUUUCAGCAAUGGAGUUUAAGCAAUGAAAACACGUCCUUCAAGCACAUCUUUGCCCAGAUACUCAUCACGGCCAAUGCAGCACUCGCACCCAUCACCAAACUUGGAGUUCCCAGCCUAUAUGAAAGACUUCUGGACCCUCAGUUAUUUAAGGGAUUAUUGAAGGAUUAUUCCCAUGUUGUUCAAGAUAUUCAGAAGAAGGAAGCAGAAAUGAGUCUUCAGUAUCGGCUUUAUUUAGGGUCAUCACUCUUGGAAGAAAUGGAGCAUAAAGAAAUAGCGUCUGCUUCCCAGGAAACCACUAAGAACACGACCCAUGCUCACUUGCUCUCCGAAUUAAGGACUACUAUCCUAAACCUAACAAGAUCACUCAUACCUCCAGAUAUGUCAUCAGAAAUGGCCAUGGCUGGAAGUGAUUUUGUGAUGACAGUUUUUUCAAAUUUGGUGCAAAAUGUGGAGGGUGCACUCAGUGUUGUGAAGACACCAGCUUGCUAUUAUGUCUUAUCAGGAGAGGAAUUUAUUUCUACCCUGCAACAUGUAUCAACAUAUGUUGAUGUAGUUCAGAAGCACGUGGAGCAGUGGCAGAGUUAUGUUAACCUUACUUGUGAGGUGCCCGAAUCUAACCUCACACAAGUAGUGAUGAAGCUUUUACACCACUUUGGUUGGGAGGAGGACAUUAAGCAAAUGAUUAAUAAUAAUGAUGGUACACAGCAGUCUUUCACCUGUGAAUUUGUCUUUGACCAGUCUGCGUACAUAAGUGAGAAGGUUAAGGAUUUAGUUUCAUAUUAUUUACAAGAUGAAGUAGCUGAAAAACACCUUUCAUCCUGCCUUAUUGCUGCUGUUAACUCCACAGUUGGGGUCCAGUUCCGAGGAAUUUUGAAAGCAGCUGGAGAUUUGUUUGGUUUAGCCUCGAGCAAGAAUAUAGGAGAGGCUCUCUCAGCGGCCACCACAUCCUUGCCUGGGGCAUCAUCAGCUCUCCGAACACUUGGCUCUAGGGUGGCAGUGCUGGUUCCCUUUGAAGAUAUUCUUGUAAAACACUAUGAAACAACUUUAAAUUUCACUACCAAGGUUAUAGACAUCAUUAGGAAUGACUUAAUGGUGGAUGUCAAUCGUAUUUAUGGAGCGGACUCAUCGAGGCUUGCAGGCCUCCUUUCCACGGUUGAGAAAAUGAAGAAGUGGAUUCGAAUAAGAAACAAAGCUAAAGACACUGGCAGUGUGUUCAAGAGGAGUGUGCAGGACAUGCCCAUUGAAAUAUUAUAUCAAGCUGCUCAAGACAUGGGGCAUUAUUCUUUUGCUGAAAAUCUUUUAGCAAAUGUUAAUUACACAUACCUACUUUCUGAGAUUGAGAACAUGAGGAUGCAAGCGAUUCUUUCUUCUGAUUGGCUAGACCCUGUGUUGAUACACAUGAAUUUUGCUGUUACCAGCCUGUCAGAGCUCAGCAAAUUGGGUGCUGUCAUGGAUCUUAACAAAAUCGUUACAGGGGAUGUUGACCCAGUGACCUUCCUCACAGGGUCAGUGCAGCUUCUACAGAUGAAAUUAUGGACCGACUUGGCUCUGAGUUUUGGAGGCAUUUUGGGGGAAGCGGUGCCAGUCAUUACUGGGUCAGAACUCGGGGAUGACCUUCAGCGGGUGGUGGAUGGCAUCGGCACUCUCCAGGCAGCCAAGAACCUUGGCAUUGUGGAUUUUACAAUGCCAACAACAGCACUCAUCUCAAACUGGACAGAAAUGCAGCAGUACCUGAAAAAUGUCCUCAUGAUGGACUCUGAGGUUAUUGAGGCCCUCAAGAACUCGGAACUUAAUCUAAUGGCGUUACUGUCUCUUGAAGAUGUGACCCUAGAAGAAGUUAUCUGUGGAGAAUCUCAAGUAGAGCGCGUGGUAACCCUCCCGCAGGAUACCCAGGUGACCUUUGCCACCCUUAGCAAGUACCUUUGUAACUCCAGUGACUCUCAAGGCCUAGCAGCUACCUUUUUGCAGCACCUUGAUCUUGCUCCAUUAAUUGUAACACUGGUGAAAUAUGGACUAAAUUCAAGCCUUUCGUCCCACGGAAUGACCCUAGAACAGGUGACAGAGGCAGUCAACAUCUUGGUUGAGUCUUCCAGUAUGUUGCCUUCCCUUACUUCCUCAUUUAGUGCUCUCUCUGAUCUCAUGAACGUCUUAAAGGAGCAUGAUGCAUCAGAGAAAAUGGUCAAGAAUGACACACACACUGUUUUGAAGGCAAUAUCAUCGCCUGCUUUCCUUGAGCGUGCUGGACAUGCCUUGUGUGGGCAGCCACUUCUUCUGGUGCCAGAUAGUCUUGGUGUCCUUCUUGAGAAUCACAAGGAAAAUGUUCUUCAACACGAUCCCUAUAAUAAGAACAUUUGUGAUGCCCUCUACAAUAAUAUCAGAUCACUGCCUGGGGGAGGUGUUCUUCUUCACUACAUCAAGCCACUAAUGAUGGGCAAAAUCUUCUAUACUCCAUACAAUAACAUUACCCAAGGGAUUAUUGCUUAUGCUAACGAAACAUUUGAGAUGGUUGAGAAGCAGGUGGGAACGCUGAAGCUGCUGCAAGAGAGCACCCGUCAGCUGGUCUCGGUAUCCACCAGAUACUCAGGCUUGCAGAAACUACAGAGCUCACUGCAGAUGCCAUGGGUGCAGGGCUUCAUGCAGCAGGUAUUCCCAGCUUCCUUGGUCACCUCAGUGGGUGAACAGCUCAAGGAUGCCUCGCCCAAGCUACAAGAGGCAUCUAAAUUUGCUAAGGAAUUCUCGGAUGUUAUUGAGUUGGGAGUAAAUCUCGUUUCCUGCAUGGACUUGCAGAGAUUUAUUCCUGUUAACAACGAGGAAAAACUACUAAAAAAGGCUAGACAUACUGCAAAAAAGAAGGAAUUUCUGGCAGGCAUUGUGUUUGCUGGAGUUGGUGAAACAGGUGAUACUGGAGGAAACCUUCCACACAACCUGACAUAUACCAUACGGGUAGACUCGGAGAAGAGUCCCUCAACAUUUUAUCUAAAACCAAGGUUCUGGAAUCCUGGACCAUAUGCAGACAUGGCUCUUGACAUGAAAUAUCAUCAGGGGUUUAUUCAGCUGCAAGAUGUUAUGGAAAGAGCCAUUAUCAAAUUUCAAUAUGUGAAUGACAACCCAUCCCACAGCUUGAAAGCUACACCCAUGAACAAUUUUGACCAUCAGAAACAAUCACCUGGAGUCAGCGAGUUAUCAAAAGCCAUCGAAGCCCCGUCUUUAGAGUCUGGGCGAAGAAAGCGGCAAGCAUCAGCAGUGUUAACAGAAGAAGAGGAGAACAUGCUUCUCAGCUUACCUAUUUAUACGAAGCAACAACCUUACCCAUGCUACAACAAAGAUGAUUUUACAAAGAUGCUGAAUUUAUCUCCCAUGAUGAGUUUGUUGUUCUCCUUGAUUACCUUCAUCAUCUUUGUUGUGUUCCUAAUCCGCCAACUGGUGCAGGAGUCGGAGUCAAGGAACAGGCAGCUUCAGGAAGUGAUGGGCUUAAGGCUGUGGCUGGAUCGUCUAGUGUGGCUGUUUUUCUCACUGGUGUUUCUCCUGGUCAUUGUGCUCCUAGUGGCUCUCAUUGACAAAUUUGGAGGUCUUCAGGCAAACAUCAAUUUUGGGAUACUCUUCACUUUCCUCUUCUGUUAUGGACUGAGCAUUAUUUCUUUUUGUUAUUUAGUAUCAUGCCUGGUGCCUUCAACAGUCCUGGCCACAUUUGUUGGGCUGAUGGGUUUGUUGGUGUUCAACGUCCCUUACAUCUCAAUCUCUGUAAUACAAGCAAAAAUACCAUUCUCCAUUAUCAUCCUAACAUCUCUGCUACCAUCAACAGCCUUUGGGUUUGGAUUUCGAGUUAUCUGUCAGUAUGAAUUGCUCCAAGAAAGUCUGGAUUAUAAGAACCUGUGGAUAGAACCUGUCAGAGACUCAGACAUGACUCUUGGCCUGGCCAUCACCAUGCUGCUGGUGGAUUCUGGCAUCUUCAUCAUUCUCUCUGUCAUCAUUAGCAGUCUGAAGAAAGAUGGUCCCCAACAUUUAUCAACUUCUGGAAAGUCAGAUGUAAACCCCAAGCCAACAUCUCUCAAAAGAUCCAACGAAUUUACCGUCAACAUUUUUCAGGAAGAUGCUGUCCAUAUCUUGGACUUGGAUCCAGGCCUCAAACAGAGCCUAAAGAAAGGUCUGAGUGUUGUUGGGCUACGUCGGAUCUUUGAACACCGAGGAAGAUCCAAAGUUGCUGUUGACAACCUUAACUUGGAGUUGUAUGAAGGACAAGUGCUAGUUCUGCUUGGACACAAUGGAGCUGGAAAGACCACUAUUAUCUCUAUGUUAACAAGAGAGCUAAUACCUACAGCUGGCAGCAUACAGGUUUAUGGCCACGAUAUCCAUAGUGCAUGGGACAAGGCUCGCAGGCUCAUGGGUCUCUGUCCUCAGCAGUCAGUGCUUUUUCCUUUCAUGACGGUGCAAGAGGUACUUCAUUAUUAUGCCAUCCUCAAGGACUCUGCCUCAAAUGAAGAACAAACAGAUAUUAACACAGUGCUGCUUAACAUGGCACUUUUCAACCAUCGGGACUAUCUUGUAAGUCGGUUGUCAGAGGGCAUGCGGCGAAGAUUAUGUAUGGCUAUAGCUUUUAUUGGUAACUCCAAGCUAGUCAUCCUAGAUGAGCCUACUUCAGGCAUUGACCCAACAGCAAGAAAUGCAAUUUGGGAGAUUAUUAGCAAUAACCGAGCUGGUCGAACCAUCUUACUGACAACGCAUCAUCUGGACGAGGCAGAAACUUUGGCUGACCGUGUCGCUAUCUUGAACCAGGGAAGACUUUUGUGCGUUGGCUCUCCUCUGUCCCUCAAGUCUGAGCAUGGAAUAGGAUAUACACUGACUCUCAGCAACACAAGUCUGUAUGAGGAAAUUCCUCUCACGAAAGCAAAAAACACUCUAUAUUGGGGGGUGCCAACCUGGAAGAUAAAAUGCCACCACCCACUGAUGUAAUUUUCAGCGUUGCCAGAUAUGAUGAUAUGUGGGAGUUGAUUAAAAAGCAUGUACCAAAUGCACGCUUGCUGGAGAAUGUUAAUGGUGAAGUGACGUACUCCCUUCCACUGUGUGACAGCCAUGGUACUGAUA